UCCCUUCUCAGCAUCCCAGGCGGACGGCGCGUUUCGCUGCAUUUUACGGAUAGCCUGCGACAAAGCCACGAUUUGUUAAUACCCGAUCCUCGAUGGUUCUUGCGGAUCGCUGUUGAUAAACAAUAAUGGAUAUGGAGGUCGCAACUCCAGGGGUGUCCAAUGGUGUUGCGACACCAGGACAGGCCUCGUUGGUGGAUUCGAACGCUAUCAUACAAUACUUGACGGAGGUGCUGCAGGUGACUUUGGGAGCUCUGAAAACCGAGCUGGAAAGUACUGGCAGUUUGCUGUCCAAGACAAAGUACAGUGAGACUGUACAACGGUGUACGCGAUUUGCUUCAGAGUCGCAGGUCGCCCUGUAUGUGCAGAAGGAUCUUGUAGCCUCCGAAGAGGCGAAUGGAACAGAGGAUGGUCAAGCAUCGUCUGUCCAGUAUAUUUACAAUCUCUCCGCUGAAAUCUCCUCGUCGUCAACUACGGUCGCGUCCGUAGCCUUUAUCAAACGCCCCACCGCCAUUGAUCCCACGCUUCCCAUACAGUCUCAAAUCCAAGUAAUGAACCUUCCCGGACUGGCAUCGCUUAAUAAUUCCCAAGCCCAACAAGGUGGUUCCAUGUCGCCAUAUGAGAUUUUGCACUUGCUGGUACAUCAUGGGUUGAGCCCCUACUUUGAGGCUUACACACGCAACCAAGAUGUGGUCGGUGGUUCCAAGCCGAGGACGGACACGGAAGUCAAGACGGGUGUUCCAGGAACGAAGAAGAAGUUUGCAGAGCUGGAGCUUGGUCUUUUGCAUUUGCAACAGAAUGUCGAGAUUCCGGCUUUGAACCUGCCGCUCCACGAAGUCGUCCAAGCUGCAUUGGAUGAGGCGGAGUCGCGAGGAGUCAAGCCCUCUGUAGAGCUGAUUCCCUCUACAAUUCUCGAAAAUAGUGCUUUUAUAAACAGCAUUCAAAAUAAUGUCAAUGCCUGGAUCAGAUCUAUCCAGACAAUCACGAAGAUGUCUCGUGACGCUGACAGCGGAUCAGCGGCGCAAGAGAUUAAUUUCUGGCUGUCCAUGGAAACUGCUUUGGAGGGAAUUGAAAAGCAACUGCGUGGUGAUGGUGUCCAAUUGACCAUGGACAUCCUUCGUCAUGCCAAGCGUUACCAAGCGACUCUCAGUUUCGUGGCUGACACUGGUCUGCGCGAGGCCACUGAUUUGGUCCAGAAAUACAACCAGCUUAUGCGAGACUUUCCCUUAGAUGAGCUUCUAUCUGCGACUACACUACAGAAAGUCCAGGAAUCCCUUGGUCUGAUCUUCAACCAUCUCAAUAAGAAGCUGAAGAUUUGCCCGUACCCCAUCAAGCGAGCCCUCGCACUUGUUGAAGCCAUCUCUGGCGAUCUCGACUCGCAGAUUCAUUCCCUGCUUCAUGGCCGAACGAUUUUGCAUUUGGAUUACCGUGAGUUCCGUUCGUUGAUGAAGACGGCUGGCGCGAUCUGGCGGACAUGGGAUGAGAACCUUAAAGAGUUCACCAAUGUCGCUCGUGAGUCAACAAGACGUCGUAAUGAGAAAUUCAUUCCCAUCAAGAUUGCUGCGCGACACGAGAAGACCCAAGAAAGAUUGAAGUACAUCAACACAUUCAGAGUUAACCACGAGCAGCUUCAAAAAACGAUUGUCAAUGUUCUUGGUCCAAAGAGUUCCUCAUCUGGAGAUACGGCCACCGGGACUGGCUCCGACGGUGCUGUGAUUGUUGAGGAAAUCGGCGAUGUGGAUGCUGUCGAGGAAGUCGCUCAAGCAUACGCCGCUCUCAAGAAUGUGGAUGUGCUUGAUGUAUCGUCUGAAGGAACCCAGCUUUGGAUCCAGGAGGAGAUUGCCUACAACGAGCGUACGUCCCGCGUCGAGAAUUCUAUCAUCGCUCGCCUCAGAGAUCGCCUUGCUACCGCAAAGAACGCCAAUGAGAUGUUCCGUGUCUUCUCGAAGUUCAACGCCCUUUUGGUCCGCCCCAAGAUUCGUGGUGCUAUUGGCGAGUACCAAACGCAGCUCAUCGAAAAUGUGAAGCAGGAUAUCACUGCCUUGCAUGAACGGUUCAAGCAACAGUAUGGCCACUCCGAGGCUCACGCCAUGGCCCAAUUGCGUGACCUCCCUCCCGUUUCUGGUGCGAUCGUUUGGGCUCGUCAGAUCGAACGACAGCUUGAUGGUUACAUGCGAAAAGUCGAGGACGUUCUUGGAGAGGAUUGGCACUUGCAUUCCGAGGGCCAGAAACUCCAAGCCGAGGGCAACCUGUUCCGCAAGAAGCUUGAUACUCGGCCGGUUUUCGAAUCAUGGCUGCACGAUGUGCAAAGGCGGCACAUUACCAUAUCUGGACGAUUAUUCAAUGUUGUGCGGAACCGUGCUGCAGGAAACUCUUUGGAGCUUACUGUCAACUUCGAUGCCCAGAUCAUCGCCCUCUUCAAGGAAGUCAGAAAUCUUAUCUGGCUCAAUUUCCAGGUGCCCCAUGCCGUCAGCAACAUAUCCAAGGAGGCAAAGCGAGUGUACCCGUAUGCAAUCAGCUUGAUGGAGAGUGUCCGAACGUUGUUGCAAACAAAUCGCUCGAUUGCUUCUAUGACGGAGGUCGCGAUCCUGUUGAAUGGAUAUCUGAAUGACGCGCAGGGCAUGAUCGUCAAGGGUAUCCCUCUCAGAUGGGAGUCCUUUGUCCACUCAUAUGAGCUUCAUGUCAAGCAAUCAGCCCUGGCUAACGGCGCAAUUGAUUCCACCAUCCCCAGCAGAGGCGAGAGCAAGCACGUUCAAUUUGUCCGUGAAUUUGCUGGCUCAGCAUCGGUUCUCCAAUCUAAGACCGCUGUCCUGGCCUCGAUCAAUGAAAACAUUCAGAAAUCGAUCCAUGAAUUGAAAACAUGCCCUUAUGAUGCCGCCGCUUUCAAGCAGCGCCUGGAUACUAUCCAGGUUGCCGUUGACAAGCUUAACCUGGAGAACUAUGUCAACCUUGGAUAUUGGGUCGCCAACCUGAACCAGAAGAUCGAGUUGAUUCUUCGCGAGCGCCUCCACCGUGCCAUUCGCGAGUGGAUCGCAGCCUUCCAAGAAGCGAAGAACGAACAACAAAACACGCAAACCUCGAUUGGAACCCAGUACCCAGCACCGGGCGAACCAGAGGCUGUGGCCUACAACAUCGAAUUCCCUGAGCUAAUCCACGAAAUCUCAAUGCGCAACCAAGUGCUUCAUCUUGACCCACCGCUGCAAUUUGCCCGCGCAAGCUGGUUCUCGCAAUUCGAUCACUGGUUGGGCGUUAUUUGCAAUCUAGAGAAGAUCAAAUCAUCUCGGUACCAGAUUUCUAUCGACGUGCAAAAGGUUCACCUGUCCGAAUCUUGCUUUGCAACUCUCCCCCAGCACUGCACCAAUGAGCUCAACCAAGUUUACAACGCAGUGGAAGCUAGACUGAAGGAAGUAUCCGCAUACGUCGACAAAUGGUUGCAGUUCCAGUCGCUUUGGGAUCUGCAGUCCGAUAAUGUCUAUGAUAUCUUGGGUGAUGAUCUAUCCCAAUGGCUCCAGCUGCUCCAAGAAAUCAGAAAGAGCCGUGCUACCUUUGAUACUUCUGAGGUCAGCCGCUCAUUUGGCAACAUCAAGAUCGACUACGAACAAGUGCAGACAAGGGUUAACGCCAAGUACGACCAGUGGCAACAUGAAAUUCUUUUGAAAUUCGGAUCGAAACUUGGAGGCCGCAUGAGAGAGGUUCACUCCGAGAUCGCUUCUGCACGACGUGAUUUGGAAGGGCAGACUUUGGAAGCUUCUUCAACGGCACACGCAGUCUCUUUCAUUACAAUUGUCCAGCAAUGCAAGCGCAAGGCUAAGGUUUGGGAACCAGAAGUUGACCUGUUCCGACAAGGCCAGGCCACGCUCGCGCGCCAGCGUUAUCAGUUCCCAAGUGACUGGCUACAUGUCGAGAAUGUCGAUGGCGAAUGGGCCGCCCUCAAUGAGUUGCUCGCACGGAAGAGCAAGAUCGUCCAGGACCAAACUGAGGGUCUUCGUGCAAAGAUCACUGCCGAAGAUAAAGUUAUCAGCGACAAGAUUACUGAGAUUAUUGGCCAAUGGAAUGAUGAAAAGCCAGUGUCUGGUACCAUUCCACCUGAUGAAGCAUCGCGGACACUGAGCUUCUUCCAGUCCCGCCUUGAAGCUCUCCAGUCUGAAUUUGAGAUGGUAUCCAAGGCAAAGGAAGCCCUUGAUCUUCCUGCAAGCACUGAAUCUUCUCUGCCUGCAAUCUUGGAAGAAGUCCAGGACUUCAUGUCCGUCUGGGCGGCGUUGUCGACUAUCUGGAAGAGUCUUCAUGAUCUUAGGGACGGUCUGUGGACUAGCGUGCAACCCAGAAAGCUUCGCCAGUCUAUCGAUGGCUUGAUCAAGAUGACAAAGGAGAUGCCGAGUAGAAUGCGCCAGUACGCCGCUUUCGAACACAUCCAAAAUGUACUUCGCCAGCUACUUAAGGUUAACCCCCUGCUUUCUGAUAUGAAAUCUGAAGCAGUUCGGGAGAGGCACUGGCAGAAGAUUUACAAGGCUCUGAAACCGGGCAAGAGGUUCUCCUUCGUUUCUCUUACUCUUGGAGACGUAUGGGAUCUCCAGCUUGCUACUAGCGAGACGGUCAUCCGCAAUAUCAUUGCCCAAGCUCAGGGUGAGAUGGCCCUAGAGGAGUUCUUGAAGUCUGUUCGUGAAACAUGGCAGAACUACUCGCUGGACCUUGUCAACUACCAGAACAAGUGUCGCCUCAUCCGUGGAUUCGACGACCUGUUUGCGAAAUGCAGUGAGAACUUGAAUUCUCUGCAAGCCAUGAGGCACUCCCCAUACUACAAAGAAUUCGAAGAGGAGGCAUCUUCUUGGGAAGAUAAGCUAAACAGAGUUCAUGUUCUCUUCGAUGUAUGGAUCGAUGUCCAGAGACAAUGGGUUUACCUUGAGGGUGUUUUCACGGGCAAUGCCGAUAUCAAGCACCUCCUUCCUCUGGAGUCCAGUCGCUUCCAGAACAUCAACUCGGAAUUCUUUGCUGUGAUGAAGAAGGUUUACAAAUCGCCUUUCGUGUUAGAUGUGUUGGCCAUCAACGGAGUGCAAAAGUCAUUGGAGAGAUUGGCCGAGCUGCUCAAUAAGAUUCAGAAAGCAUUGGGAGAGUACCUGGAGCGUGAACGUAUCUCUUUCCCCCGUUUCUACUUCGUUGGUGAUGAAGACCUGCUUGAAAUCAUUGGUAACGCAAAUGAUGUCUUGCGUGUCGCCAAGCACUUCAAGAAAAUGUUCGCCGGUCUUUCCGGGCUCCUGAUGGAUGAUGAAAACAACAUUGUUGGAUUUACGUCUAAAGAGGGCGAAGAAGUCCGUCUCAAGAAGGAAGUCAAUCUUGUCAAGACCCCUAGAAUCAACGACUGGUUGAGCGCACUCGAAAGCAACAUGAAAUUGACACUGGCGGAGCUUCUUGGUGAAGCCGUUGAGCAGUUUGAUGGCCUUUACAAUGCGGCUGAAGUCGACCAAACGGCUUUCAACGACUUCCUUGCCAACUACCCAGCUCAGAUUGUUGUUCUUGCCAGUCAAGCCGUGUGGACAAAUGUGGUACAGAAGUCUUUGGAGAACGAGGGCACUAAUCUCCCCGCUUUGUAUGAUGCUCAGGUCAGACUCCUCGAACUGCUUGCCGCUACUGUCCUUGGUGAUUUGGACUCCAUCAGUAGAAAGAAGUGUGAGCAUAUGAUUACAGAAUUCGUCCACCAACGAGAUGUCAUCUCCAAGCUCAUCAAGUUCAAUGCUACAACCCCAAUGCACUACCUGUGGCUCCUUCAAAUGCGUUACGUCUUCAACCCCGAAGCCGACUACCUGCAAAGGUUGUACGUUCACAUGGCAAAUGCCAAGCUGAACUACGGUUUUGAGUACCUGGGUGUUCCAGAACGCCUCGUCCGCACCCCUCUUACUGAUCGCUGCUUCCUGACGCUUACUCAAGCCUUGUGUCAGAGACUUGGUGGCUCUCCCUAUGGUCCCGCUGGUACAGGAAAAACAGAAUCCGUCAAGGCAUUGGGUCUCCAACUUGGCCGCUUUACUCUUGUCUUCUGUUGUGAUGACACUUUCGAUUUCCAGGCAAUGGGCCGAAUUUUCCUUGGUAUCUGUCAGGUUGGAGCAUGGGGUUGCUUUGACGAAUUUAACCGUUUGGAAGAGAGAAUCUUGUCUGCUGUUUCCCAACAGAUCCAGAAUAUCCAAAUUGGUCUGAAGAAUGGAGAAGACGACGAGAAGUCCCAAAUUGACUUGGUUGGAAGACGACUUUCUGUCAACCCUAACACUGGAAUUUUCAUCACAAUGAACCCUGGAUAUGCAGGACGUUCCAACCUGCCCGAUAACUUGAAGAAGCUCUUUAGAAGUGUGGCUAUGUCCAAACCUGACAAGGAACUCAUUGCGGAGGUUAUGCUUUUCUCGCAAGGUUUCAAGCAGGCCAAGCCCUUGUCGAAGCAGACAGUGCCCUUCUUCGACCACUGCGCCGCUAAAUUGUCGAAGCAGGCGCACUAUGACUUUGGUCUUCGUGCCUUGAAGAGUGUUUUGGUUAGUUCCGGUGGUCUCAAGCGCACUCGAAUUGCCACUUCCGACAGUGACUUGGGCCCAGACGAAGUUGUCGAACCUCAAAUCAUCGUACAGAGUCUUCGAGAGACCAUCGCCCCCAAACUGGUCCGAGAUGAUGUUGAGAGGAUGCUGGAGAUUCAAACACAGGACUUCCCUGGCGUGGAGUAUGUGCGAGCCAACUUUGACAAGCUCACCGCGGCCAUCCGUGAGAUCGCUGAAGAGCAACAUUACGUCGACAGCGAGAUGUGGAUCAACAAGGCGCUCCAGCUUCAUCAAAUCCAGACCAUUCACCACGGUGUCAUGAUGGUUGGAAAAUCUGGAUCCGGUAAAUCUGCUGCAUGGAAAAUCCUUCUCCAGGCCUUGCAGCGCAUUGAGGGCGUUGAAGGUGUUUCUCACAUCAUCGACUCCAAGGUCAUGUCCAAGGAGGCACUCUACGGUAACCUUGACAGCACAACCAGAGAAUGGACAGAUGGUCUGUUUACUGGUAUUUUGAGAAAGAUUGUGGAUAAUCUUCGAGGAGAGGACUCGAAGCGACACUGGAUUGUUUUCGAUGGUGACGUUGAUCCCGAAUGGGUUGAGAACCUGAACAGUGUUCUUGACGAUAACAAGCUCCUUACCCUUCCCAACGGAGAGCGUCUCAACUUACCCCCCAAUGUUCGCAUAAUGUUUGAAGUCGAAAGUCUUAAAUACGCCACCCUGGCUACGGUCAGUCGUUGCGGUAUGGUUUGGUUUAACGAGGAUACUGUUACGCCCUCUAUGAUGAUUACAAACUAUGUCGAGUCACUUAGGACAAAGACCUUCGAAGACCUCGAUGAUGACAGUGCUCCUGCAGGACAAGCAGCAAUCAAGACCCAGGACUCUCAGGAAAUGCUUUCAACGAUCCUCAAGCACCUCUUGCAAACCGAUGGACUUGUGAUGAACGCCCUCAGCGAGGCAAAGAAGUACAACCAUAUCAUGGAUUUCACCGAGAUUCGCGGUCUCAACACUUUGUUCAGUCUUUUGAACAAGGCCUGCCGAAAUGUUCUCGAGUACAACAUCCAGCAUGUGGACUUCCCACUUGACUCCGAGCAGAUAGAGUCCUAUAUUUCCAAGAAGCUCCUUCUUGCCCUUGUUUGGUCAUUUACUGGAGACUGUCCAUUGGCAGACCGUCAAUCCUUCGGGCAAUCUGUGUCGGCCCUGUCCACUAUUGAAUUGCCGCCUUAUAAUGAAUCCUCUUUGAUCGACUUUGACAUCACGCUUCCCAAAGCUGAAUGGACAAGCUGGCAGUCACAGGUGCCCUCCAUCGAAAUCAACACCCACUCCAUUACGCAGACCGAUGUGGUUAUUCCGACAGUGGAUACUGUUCGCCACGAAGAUGUUCUCUACUCAUGGCUCGCUGAGCAUAAGCCUUUGUUACUUUGCGGUCCUCCUGGAUCGGGUAAGACGAUGACAUUGUUUGCUGCUCUCAGAAAACUCCCGAAUAUGGAGGUUGUCGGUCUCAAUUUCUCCAGUGCCACCACCCCCGAUCUUUUGAUCAAGACUUUCGAGCAAUACUGCGAAUACAAGAAGACUCUGAAUGGUGUUGUUAUGUCCCCCAACCAGAUUGGACGAUGGUUGGUUCUCUUCUGCGACGAAAUAAACCUUCCCGCCCCCGAUCACUACGGAACCCAGCGAGCCAUUUCCUUCCUGAGACAGCUUGUCGAGCAGAAUGGCUUCUGGAGGACGUCCGACAGGACUUGGGUUACCUUGGACCGCAUCCAGUUCGUUGGUGCUUGUAACCCUCCCACUGAUGCUGGACGUACGCCGAUGGGCGAGCGAUUCUUGCGCCAUUCGCCCUUGAUCAUGGUUGAUUACCCCGGAGAGCUUUCUCUCACUCAGAUAUAUGGCACAUUCAACUCUGCUGUCCUCAAGAUCAUUCCGUUGUUGCGUGGGUACGCUGAGUCACUUACGAAAGCCAUGGUGCAAUUCUACUUGGAAUCCCAGACUAGAUUCACUGCGAAGAUUCAGCCUCAUUACGUGUACUCGCCUCGUGAACUUACUAGAUGGGUUCGUGGUGUCUAUGAAGCAAUCAAACCGCUCGAGAGCCUCUCGGUCGAAGGGCUGGUGCGUAUUUGGGCACACGAGGCUCUGCGUCUUUUCUCCGAUAGACUGGUCGCCGAAGAUGAAAGGAACUGGACAGCUGAUGCAGUUCGCCGCAUUGCCUUGGAACAUUUCCCCACGAUUGAUGACGAGCAAGCCCUUAAGGGACCUAUCUUGUUCUCGAACUGGCUGUCUAAGAACUACGUGCCAGUCGAACAAGAGCAACUCCGUGACUUUGUCAAGGCACGUCUCAAGACUUUCUGCGAAGAAGAAGUAGAUGUUCCUCUUGUGCUGUUCAACGACGUCCUGGAGCAUGCACUGCGUAUCGACCGAGUAUUCCGACAGCCUCAAGGUCAUCUUAUUCUGAUUGGAGUUAGCGGAAGUGGAAAGACUACAUUGUCCCGCUUUGUCGCCUGGAUGAACGGUCUCAAGGUCUUCCAGAUCAAGGUCCACGGAAAAUACUCUUCGGAAGAUUUCGACGAUGAUUUGAGAAGCGUCCUUCGUCGGGCAGGAUGUAAGGGCGAAAAGAUUUGUUUCAUUAUGGACGAAUCUAACGUUCUUGACUCUGGUUUCCUUGAGCGCAUGAAUACUCUCCUUGCCAACGCUGAAGUCCCCGGUCUUUUCGAGGGAGAUGAGUUCUCCUCCUUGAUGACUGCCUGUAAGGAGGGUGCACAGCGACAGGGUCUCCUUCUUGACUCGCAAGAAGAGCUCUACAAGUGGUUCACGCAACAGAUUGUCCGAAACCUUCACGUUGUCUUUACGAUGAACCCGCCUGAAGAAGGGCUGUCGUCGAAGGCUGCCACUAGUCCUGCACUGUUCAACCGUUGUGUUCUCAACUGGAUGGGCGACUGGUCCGACCAAGCCCUUUUCCAGGUCGGCUCUGAACUAACACAGUCGGUUGAUCUGGACAAGCCAAACUUUGUUGCCCCUGACAGUAUUCCGGUGGCCUACCGUGAAUUGAGUCUUCCGGCAUCGCACAGAGAAACGGUCGUGAACUCAAUGGUCUACAUUCACUACUCGUUGCAGAAAUUCAACCAACGUCUGCAGAAGCAACAGGGCAGGACUACUUAUCUGACUCCUCGCCAUUACCUUGACUUUGUUGCUCAAUAUGUGAGACUGUUCAAUGAAAAGCGUGAGGACCUCGAAGAACAGCAGAGGCACUUGAAUGUUGGUCUUGAGAAGCUCAGGGAUACCGUGGACAAAGUCAGCGAUCUUCGCGCUAGUCUUGCACAGAAGAAGACUCAGCUCGAGAAGAAAGAUACCGAGGCCAACGAGAAACUGCAACGCAUGGUUGCCGAUCAGCGGGAGGCAGAGCAACGGAAAUCCGUCUCGCUUGAGGUUCAGGCAGCGCUAGAGAAACAAGAACAAGAAGUAGCCACUCGAAAGGAGGUUGUGCUGAAUGACCUUGCCAGAGCCGAGCCUGCUGUUCUGGAUGCCCAGAAGAGUGUCAGCAACAUUAAGCGUCAACAUCUCACUGAAGUUCGUUCUAUGGGCAAUCCCCCAGCCAGUGUUCGUCUUGCUCUGGAAGCCGUCUGCACUCUGCUUGGACACAAGGUCGAUAGUUGGAAGACUAUCCAGGGUAUUGUACGAAAGGAUGAUUUCAUUGCCAGUAUUGUGAACUACGACAAUGAACGCCAGAUGACUCGGAGCCACCGAAUCAAGAUGCAGAACGAGUUCCUGUCCAAGGAGGACUUCACCUACGAAAGAGUUAACCGUGCCAGUAAGGCCUGUGGUCCUUUGGUUCAGUGGGUCGAAGCACAAGUCAACUAUUCUGCAAUCUUGGACAGGGUUGGGCCUCUUCGUGAAGAGGUUGACCAGCUCGAGGAGCAAGCCUUGCAGACCAAAGCGGAAGCCCAGGCUAUUGAAAACACAAUCCAGGACCUCGAAGCCAGUAUCUCCACAUACAAGGCCGAGUAUGCAGCGCUCAUUAGCGAGACCCAGGCCAUCAAGACCGAGAUGUCCAGAGUGCAAUUCAAGGUCGACAGAAGUGUACGGCUACUCGACAGUCUGUCGUCUGAGCGUGGCCGAUGGGAGGAGGGCAGCAAGUCAUUCGAAACUCAAAUCAGCACUCUUGUGGGUGAUGUCCUCAUUGCGUCUGCAUUCCUUGCCUACGCUGGUUUCUACGAUCAGCAAUUCCGAAAGGCAAUGGUGGAUGACUGGGUCACUCAGCUGGCCCAGUCCGGCAUCAGCUUCAAACCACACAACCCCAUCACGGAGUACCUGUCGAAUGCCGAUGAGCGCCUGACUUGGCAAGACCACUCGCUGCCAGUCGACGAUCUUUGCACCGAAAACGCCAUUGUCUUGAAGCGGUUCAACAGAUACCCUCUGAUCAUCGACCCCUCUGGUCGCGUCACCGAGUUCUUGCAGAAGGAAAGCACGGAGAGAAAGCUCACGGUUACAAGCUUUUUGGACGACUCUUUCGUCAAACAACUGGAGAGUGCCUUGCGUUUCGGAAACCCAAUUCUUAUCCAGGAUGCCGAACAUCUGGAUCCCGUCCUCAAUCAUGUUCUCAACAAGGAGUACCAGAAGACUGGAGGACGUGUUCUUAUCCAGCUUGGCAAGCAGGAAAUCGACUUUUCUCCUUCGUUCAAACUCUUCCUUUCGACUAGAGACCCAUCUGCAUCGUUCCCACCAGAUGUGUGCAGUAGAACCACUUUCGUCAACUUUACUGUCACGCAGAGCAGUUUGCAAACUCAGUCGCUCAACGAAGUGCUGAAGUUCGAGCGACCUGAUGUGGAUGAGCGACGUACCAACCUUGUCAAAUUGCAAGGAGAAUUCAAGGUUCACUUGCGUCAACUUGAAAAGCGUCUCUUGCAAGCAUUGAACGAGUCCCGUGGCAAUAUUCUUGACGAUGACAAUGUCAUCGAAACUCUGGAGACUCUUAAGAAGGAGGCCGCUGAAAUUUCGAAGAAGAUGUCGGAAACCGAGGGCGUCAUGACUGAGGUCGAAAAUGUCACACUCAACUACAGCAUCAUUGCCCGAGCCUGCAGUGCUGUGUUUGCAGUAUUGGAGCAACUUCACCACAUCAAUCAUUUCUACCAAUUCUCUCUCCAGUACUUUGUUGACAUCUUCAACUCGGUACUUUAUCAGAACAAGCGUCUUGCCCAAGAGAAAGACCAUUCCGCUCGCGUUCAGAUCAUUCUUCGGGAUCUGUUCGUUACAACCUAUCAGCGAACUUCGCUAGGGUUGAUCCAGAAGGAUCGAAUCACACUGGCCAUGCUGCUCGCCCAAGCUGUGCCCUUCGCGAUGGACAAGAGCAUUAUUGACAUCAUCCUUGAUGAAUCAUCAGAAGGUACAGACCUGUCGACGACCCCCGAACUUCGCGAUCAAGUCAUGAGCCGUAUCGCGAACAUGUCGCUUUUCAAGUCCACUAUUUCAGCCGUGUCUUCUGAACAAUGGGACCAAUUCCUCAGCGAAGAGCUUGCUGAAAAUGCUGUCCCUCCUAUCUGGGAAGAGAACACAAUUGAUCUGGACAAGUUACUCCGAUCUCUCCUUCUUGUGAAACUGUGUAGAAUGGAUCGGUUUGUGCCCACUGCUGAGCGCUUUAUCGAAGCCGUUUUCGGUCGGGAGUUGUUUGAGGGAAGCAGCGACCUGAAGGACGUUGUGGAACAAGUCACAGCGACUACGCCAAUCUCUCUUAGUUCAAGCCCGGGCUUCGAUGCCAGUUACAAGGUUGAUGCGCUUGUCGAGCGCACACACGCAACCUGUGCCAACAUUGCAAUGGGCUCCAACGAAGGUCUCCAGAGCGCCGACAAGGCAAUCAGCAACGCUGCAGCGGCAGGCACCUGGGUGUUGGUCAAGAACGUGCAUCUGGCUCCAUCUUGGCUCCAGAGUCUAGAAAAGAGACUUGACUCGCUCAAGCCGCACAAAGACUUCAGACUCUUCCUUUCCAUGGAAUCUAGUCCUAAGAUUCCUGUCAAUCUGAUCCGCGCUUCCCGCGUGCUUAUGUACGAACAGCCUGCGGGUGUGCGCGCCAACAUGAAAGAUUCCCUGUCUUCUUUGUCAGUAAGGGCCGGCAAGCCUCCGGUCGAAAAGGCCCGUGUCUACCUCUUGCUCUGCUUCUUGCAUGCCGUCGUCCAAGAACGUCUACGGUAUGCUCCCAACCUUGGUUGGAAGGGAUUCUGGGAGUUCAACGAUAGUGAUUACCAAUGCUCUGCCUACAUCAUCGAUGUGUGGGUUGACACCGUUUCUCAAGGCCGCUCAAACGUUGCGCCUCAGAAACUUCCUUGGGACAUGAUCCGCACCCUUGUGACAGAGAUGUAUGGUGGUAAAAUUGAUGACAGCGAAGACUUCCAACAGCUGGAGAGUCUCGUCACCAGCUUCCUCACUCCAGCCGCCUUUGAGGACGAGUACAAAUUGGUCUCUGGCGUCGAGAAAGAUGACUGCCUGGCCCUUCCUGGAGAAACAAGCAUCCGCGACUUUGUCGAAUGGGUUAACCGCCUUCCUGAGCGCGAACCACCCACAUACCUGGGUCUGCCUGCCAACGCGGAGAAGUUGUUGCUGGUUGGUCAUGGUAAGAAGAUGAUUUCUGAUUUGUCCAAGUUGACAAACCUGUUGGAUGAAGGGGAGCAAUUGAUGGUCGAUGCUUGAGUUUAUUGACUGUAUUGAUUUUUAUUUUGCAUUUUCUUGUAUAUCAACAUGACAAGGUGGAUAUACCUCUCCUUGGAGGUUGAUGGAUAUAGUCUCUCUUCCCCUCUUUUUU